AUGGUCCAACUUGUAGAAGUCGAGGACGAGCAUUUCCAGCAGCCCCAGCCGGGCCCAGAGGAGGAUGAUGAGGACUUCACCGACACCGACUCCGAAAUCUCCACCGAAUCCAAUUACGACCCUACAGAAGAGACCCUCGCCGAGCGCCUCGACGCCCUGCGCGACAUGAUCCCCGCAACGGCGCGCGGCUGGAUCCACCACAAGUACGAAGUCACCACGUCUACCAUCAAGUCGGCCCUCUCCUUCGCGGGGCGGGCCGCCUGGACCGUGUCGGUCAGCGCCCUGCUCGUCGGCGUGCCCUUUGCCCUGGCCUACGGCGAGGACCAGAACUUUGCCGCCAUGGAGCAGGAGCAGCGGAUGCGUGAGCUCGGCGGCGAGGUGCUGACCGCCGGCGCCGGGGGAGAAAAGGGGGGCAUGACGGUUGAGGAAAUUGGCGCUGCGCUUCAGGGCGGGGGGAGGGCCGAGGCCAAGGCUGCGCUGUAA